AUGGAACAUGGGACUCUAACAGGGAAGUCUAUAGAUUUAGCAAAUAUUCUCCAUAAGAGAAAGAUUAACAUAGCUUUUGUCCAGGAGAAUAGAUGGGUGGGGAACAGGGCUCGGGAGGAUGAUGGAUUUAAGUUAUGGUAUUCAGGGAGGGGUAUACUGUCCAUCAAGAAGCUUAUUAUAAGGGAUGAUUUUAACGGCCACAUUGGGAGGUUGCCUGGGGGAUAUGACGGUGUGCAUAGUUGCUUCGGUUUUGAAGAUAGAAACGGAGGAGGUACUUCGCUGUUGGAGUACGCUAAAUAUUUUGAGCUGGUGAUCGCUAACUCGUGUUACCCGAAGAAGGCGGAGCACCUGAUAACGUUUCGGAGUAUGGUUGCCAAGACCCAGAUUGAUUAUCUACUUCUCCGAAAAUGUGAUAGAGGUCUAUGCACGAAUUGCAAGGUCAUCUCAAGUGAGAAUCUUACGACCCGACAUAUGUUUUUGAUUAUGGAAUUAGAGGUCAGGUGGACGAUUAAGAAGAGGCAUAUGUCUGGCACACCUAGGGCUCAAGGGAAAGUUGAAGCCAAGAAAGCGGCAUAUUUGAAUCUAGUAGAGAGUAUAGACGAGGGGAAGAAAAGUGCUAACAGGGAGGGGUAUAAGAAGGCUAGAAAGGAAGAGAAGUUGCCAGUUACCACGGCUAAGACCGCAACGUUUAGUCGUUUAUACGAUAAAAUUGGGGAUAAAGGUUGGGACAAAAAGUUGUACAGGCUGGCGAAGGUGAGGGAGCAGAAAGACCGGGAUCUAGACUAA